AUGUUAAAUGAGGAGAUUGUUGAUCUUUCGGAGGACAUAAGGUGGGAGUUCGGAGGUUAUAAGAUGGUAAAACGUAGGGGAUUGUUUAUUGGCAGUUAUAAGGUGAAUAUUGCUCCCUUGCGGAAUAAGUCACGGUUUGACGAUGCUCGCUUUGAGAUGCAAGAGGUAACUCGACGGUUGGUGAUCUCCUGGAAGCGGCCCCUGCAGGGUGCUGUCAAGUUGAAUACGGACGCCAGUGUCUCAAAAGGGAAAGCUUUAGGAGGAGGACUGCUAAGGGACCAUGAGGGCAAAUUGAUCUUUGCAUUCUACAAGGAGAUCUGGGAGGUCGAUGUGCUGAUGGCUAAAAGUUUGGCAUUGCUGCAUGGUCUACAAUUGUAUAAAAGGACUCGGGUUCAGAAUCUAUUGGUAGAAGUGGAUUCAGCGGGGUUAGUUCAAUUGUUGGAAACAAGAAGUCUGACAAAGGGGCCGUUAUGUAGCUCUCUACGACGGAUUCAGGAAUUGCUUCGGAGCUUGCACUCUACAGUUACUCACAUAUUCUGGGAAGCGAACAGUGCGGCGGACAAAUUAGCAAUGAUGGAGGCUCAGGAUGAUUUUCCUAGUGCUGCAAUUCAACAACUCUCGGGGGGUAUUAGAGCGACUAUACUUUUGGUUAGUAGGGAAAUUCCUUUGGUUGGAACACAAGUUGUGAGAGAAUAG